UUUGAAUGAAGAUAAAAGAAAUAUUGAUCAGUUGCUAAAUAUUGGUAGUAAGAUAUAAAACUCCCUACCAAAAGUUAUGGGCACAAGAUAGGACAACUAGCAAGAAGAUGAAUACAUAAGUUAUUUGACAUAACUCCAAUUCAUUUUUAGGUUUAAACAUAAGUUCACAUUCUAUCGGCCGGGCCGCAUAAAUAAUAUUUGGUUUUCAAAUAUAGUUUUAAAAUCCAUAUGGAUUCAUAUUUGAACCGGAAAGAAACAAUCUUCAGCGGAGAGCGCGCAAGAAGUAAUAUAUGAUAAAACAAGAACAUAUUUCUAUUGGAAGCUAUCCGUUUUGAAACAUUCACAUAUGAUGAUGGUGGGUGCAUUUUCCACCAAGAGCUUCAGCAACUUUUCAGUCGUUUUAUAUAAUAUAUAAAUCCCUUAAUUAGUAUAAAAGCUAUUUGGGUGUGCAUAUUAUAGUGAUUUUAAAGUUUUUGGUUCUGCCUAAAAAGCUGAUACAUUUGUGUUCUACAAAACCUUUUUCUGGUGACAUGGACCUUAAGCUGAUAAAUAUAAGUGACAUGUCUGUCUAAGCAGCACGAAAGUAAGAAAAAAUACAUUAAAAACGCAAAAAGGUCAUCGUAAGAGUAAAAAGUUUUAACAGAGAAUAUACGGUUCAGCGGGUUUCUUUCUUGGGAACUACUCCAUUUUAGCUUUUGGCGCAGUAAAUUUUUGUUUUUUUACAAUCAUGCAUUCUUGUUUUCUUAGUUAUUAGUUAUUACUAAUAUUUAAUAUAAUAAUAUCAUAUGUACACAAUAUAAACAAAAGAAAAAGAAAGCGAUUGAAACACCAUAACAAUAGAGCUAUAUUGCCUAUUUUCUAUUUAAAGCUAGAUAGGAUCACUUUUUAGAUAAAUAGGUAGAACACUAUAAAACUAUAAAUCUACGAUGCCAAGCUCUCGUAGUAACAAGUAAUUUUGAUGAUAAAAAGCUAGAUACUUUUACUUUUUUUACCUUAUGGUUUUAUGUCCCAACUUGCUACUGGGGCGAAAGAGGGGGGAAACAAACGAAGACAACGAUAGAUGGUAGAGGUGGAUGUAAAAGGUGCUAGUGAUCUUAUCCAUUUCACGUGGACACGUGUCGCAGUGGGGAAAGCUUCUCGGUAACGUGAUUUAUAUGUUUUUUUCAUUAAAUGCUUUUUCCUAAUGAUCUAAGUUUAUAAGAAGAAAAAUUAAAUUCGACCAAGAGAUUAGCCAAAUAAAUUGUAGUAAUAUAAAUAUAUAACGCAAGGUAUAAGUCGGUGCAUAUGAAAUGAGUCUUAUUAAACCCAACUCUAUACUUAGUUUUUAAAUACGAGACAUGUCGGCAGUGCUAAACACCUGUUUAAGCAAAGUAUAUACACUGAACCGGGAUAACUUAAAAAUAUUUACGUUGAGGUUGACAAAUUUGUACAUUUUUAUAGCAGACCAGAAAUAAGCCAAAAGUAACUAUUUGAUAGAAACUGGUUUAUGCUGUUGUUAUAACAGUACGUACUACGUAUAAUACGACGCAGCACAAUCGAAUAGUCAAAUGUGUUUUGUCAUCUGUACUAAUAUUUAAAAUUUUGUUUCGAGGUAUAGGCGAUUGGUGGGUAGCAUAUGAUGCUGUUAAUCAUUCAAACGAACCAUUUGAGUUAUUUAUUUAUUAAGUAUCCAACGUUUUAAUAGAUGUGCAUGUUAUGUGUAUACCAAAUAAAACUGUAAUUAUCCUUUUGUUUUAAGAAAACUGAUUUGUUUUUAAAAUAAUUAGAGCUUAGCUCAACAUGUACGUAAUGAUAGGAAAUGCUUAGGUGUAUUUUGGUACCCUUAAUCAUAUGCUUGAAUGUGCGUAGAUCGUAUUAUUUUGUUUUAUUUAAUGAUGUUUAUAUUUGUUUACCAUUUAGUUUAAUACAUGUAGGCCCAUAAUGCAGAAAGCAUGGGUUCUCAAUUACAUAAAUUUAAAGGGUAAUUUUGUAAAAAAAAUUGAACUUUAAGAAAAUGGCUUAUUUGCUAAAUAGCCAAAAAAAAGAGAGUGAAAUUAGAUUUUGAGAGAGAGAGUAGAGAGAGAUAGGAAGAGAAAGUAGGAGAGAGAAGGUGUUUUUAGUUAGUUAGUGAAUUUUUUUUUUUUUGUGUCUACUGGGUGCAAUUACCCUUAAGAAAAUAAAGUAGUGUUUGUAUAUGCAGUUCUUUAUUUUAGGCAAAUUCAUUUUCUUGAACUAAUAGGGGAUACAAGAAUAAAGUAAAAAAAACUGGGCAAAUAACCCUGAGAAUAGUAAAGAUAAUCUGUUAAGGUUGAGUUUACAACUUUAGAUAACGAGUUAAUUAAACUUUUACAUGCAUGAGCUGGAUCCACGCAUCAAGGGUGUUUGGACCCACUUUCUUCCAAUUAUACUUUCAUACCCAAUAUUUUCAAAAAAUGAAUCCUAAGCCCUUAUAAUUUAACUAUCUUACAAAAUAGCCAGUACGUUAGCUAAAUAGGGGCAACAUCCAAAUGUUCAUUACAAUUAAAAAAAACUUCUACAUAUAAUUAGUUGUAAUUUCUUAAUUAAAACGUUGUUACCUCAAACCAAAAUUGAUUAAUAUUUUAAAAUGGGUCUAAGAUGAAAAUUUAUAUAUAACUGAUUUAAAUGUAGAGAAAGAAGAAAAAUAAAGGGCAUGUAAGCUCCGCAUUUACAGAAAAACAUGUAUGUAUCUGACAUCAUAUAAGACAUGGUUUUUUUUAAUUUUAUUCUUGGGUUCCAUCUUUUGUAAUAAGCUUUACUCUACUGAUUAAAAUAACAGAGAAGCUGUGAAGGUGAGACAAGCCUCAUGUCUUCUUCUUCAACUCCCUAAGUCUCAUCUCUCUCUCUCUCUACACUUUUUACCUUCAAAUUAAUUUUCACUCUCUCCAAUUCUUAUUCUCUUUUUUUUUUUUCGUUUCAACCCAAAUCGAAUAAAUUUCCCUUAUUUCUGGGUAUAUAUUCCUUUGUUGCUUUUGCUUUUUUACUUUCCGAGAGAGAUGAUGAAUCCGAGUCAGGGAAGAGGACUCGGAUCGGGUGGUGGGUCGAGCUCCGGUAGAAACAAAGGAGGUGAAGCCGUGGUGGAGAUGUUUCCGUCGGGACUUAGAGUACUAGUGGUUGACGAUGACCCGACUUGUCUUAUGAUCUUAGAGAGGAUGCUCAGAACUUGUCUCUACGAAGUAACGAAAUGCAACAGAGCAGAGAUGGCAUUGUCUCUGCUCCGGAAGAACAAACACGGAUUCGAUAUUGUCAUCAGCGAUGUUCACAUGCCUGACAUGGACGGCUUCAAGCUUCUUGAACAUGUUGGUCUAGAGAUGGACUUGCCUGUCAUCAUGAUGUCUGCGGAUGAUUCAAAGAGUGUGGUUCUAAAAGGAGUCACUCACGGUGCGGUUGAUUACCUCAUCAAACCGGUGCGUAUGGAGGCGCUCAAGAACAUUUGGCAGCACGUGGUUCGGAAGAGGAGGAGCGAGUGGAGCGUGCCGGAACAUUCUGGUAGCAUUGAGGAGACCGGACAGCAGCAGCAACAGAGAGGUCCAGCUGUUUCUGAGGAUGCGGCAGAUGAUAACGCUUCCUCUGUUAACAACGAAGGGAACAACUGGAGGAGCAGCAGCAACAACUCGCGGAAACGGAAAGAAGAGGAAGGGGAUGAGCAAGGGGACGAAGACGCUUCCAAUCUGAAGAAACCGCGUGUUGUCUGGUCUGUUGAGUUGCAUCAGCAGUUUGUUGCUGCUGUUAAUCAGCUCGGCGUCGAAAAGGCGGUUCCUAAGAAGAUCUUAGAGCUGAUGAAUGUUCCUGGUCUAACCCGUGAGAAUGUAGCCAGUCACCUUCAGAAAUACAGGAUAUACCUAAGACGCCUCGGGGGAGUCUCACAGCACCAAGGAAACUUAAACAACUCGUUUAUGACGGGUCAGGACGCUAGCUUCGGUCCUCUUUCUUCACUGAAUGGGUUUGAUCUUCAAGCGUUAGCAGUCACAGGUCAGCUCCCUGCUCAGAGCCUUGCGCAGCUUCAAGCCGCUGGUUUAGGCCGGCCUGCGAUGGUCUCCAAGUCAGGGCUACCUGUUUCCUCCGUCGUGGACGAGAGAAGCAUCUUCAGCUUCGACAACUCGAAACCAAGAUUCGGAGAUGGGAUUGGUGGUCAUCAAACACAGCAGCCGCAGAUGAACUUGCUCCACGGUGUCCCCACGGGUAUGGAGCCUAGACAGCUCGCGGGGUUGCAACAGCAGCUUCCUGUUGGUGGUAAUAGAAUGAGCAUUCAACAACAGAUUGCUGCGGUUCGAGCCGGACAUAGCGGAAUGCUGAUGCCUCAGCAGCAGCCAUUCCCGCGAGGGCCACCCUCCAUCAGGCAGCCUAUGUUACCAAACCGUAUAACUGAGAGAAGCGGCUUCUCGGGGAGGAGCAGUGUUCCAGAGAGCAGCCGAGUGUUACCUACAAGCUACACCAACCUCGCAACGCAACAACACUCAUCAACUUCGGUAGCCUUCAACAGCUUCCAGCAAGAGCUCCCAGUGAACAGCUUCCCGCUUCCUAGUGCACCAGGCUUAUCAGUUCCGACUCAGGUUCGGAAACCACAUUCUUCCUCUUCUUCUUACCAAGAAGAGGUUAACAGCUCGGAAGCGGGCUUCGCCACCCCAAGCUACGACAUGUUCUCCAACAGACAUAACGACUGGGAUCUUCGGAGUAUCGCCUUCGACGCGCAUCAAGACGCAGAAUCCGUAGCCUUCUCCAACUCAGAAGCCUUCUCUUUUUCCUCCAUGUCAAGAAACAACAACAACAACGCAACGGUUGCAGCCACGGAUCUUGGCCGGAACCAGCAGCAAACACUGUCAGGCAUGGUACCGCAUCAUCAGGUUUAUGGCAACGGAGGGGGCGGUGGCAGUUCAGUGAGGGUGAAGUCGGAGAGAGAUACAGCAGCGAUGGCGUUCCACGAGCAGUAUAGUAAUCAAGAAGAUCUUAUGAGUGCACUUCUUAAGCAGGAAGGAGUGGCACCGGUUGUUGAUACCGAGUUCGACUUUGACGCAUAUUCAAUCGAUGAUAUCCCGGUUUGACGACCAUCUGCUAAUUACACUACAUAACAUCGUUGGUGAAAAUUUGUUUGGUAUAUAUUUAAAUAUAAUCUGCGUGAAAUUUUGAAAGGCAGAUUGUAUUUGUUUGUAUUAUUGUUAAAUUAUUUUGUAGGAGUUACUACUCUCUAUUUAAUGCAUAGAAAAACGCCUUUGAAUAAUUAUGUAA